AUGAACAAUCUGGAAGCACUUAGAAUACUCUAUUGGAAUUGUCGAGGCGCUCUUAGCAAGGAGGCCGAAUUUGAGAAGCUAUCUGAAUCUUUUGAUAUCCUUUUUCUCGCUGAAACCCGUGCUAGUUCUUUCCAUGAUUUUCUCGUGCGGGGUUUCGACUGCCUUCGCAUCGGUGCAGACGCUGAUAACAUCAGGGGUAUAAUCGCUCUCAUUCGCAAUCCUAUCAUCUAUUCUCCUCUCGAUCUCUCUUCAAUGAUAGAUAAUUCUAUUGAAGCCCUGAACAUGAAAUUAUCUUUCGAUAACUCCCACUUGUACCUUAUAGGCAUUUAUCGACAUCCCAACGUUCCCGCUUCUGCUAACUUUUUCUCCUCACUCACCACUUUCAUUCACGACCACGAUCCUUCUAUCCUCCUUGGAGACUUCAAUGCGCACCAUCCCAUGUGGGGUGGCUCGCGCACCGACGCCGCCGGUCGUAUCUUCGGCAAGUUCAUUGACGAUCACCAUCUGGUGAUCCUCAAUCCCCCCGCCUCUCCUACUUACAUUUCUUUCUCUCCUCCCCGCUCCUCUACCAUUGAUCUCACCAUUGCAUUUUGCGUUUCCUCGUUUUGCGAAGCGCAGGUCCUUUCUAACCUUCACGGAAGUGAUCACUACCCUAUAGCGGUCCGCGUCAAUUGCGUGGUCCGCACAUCCUCUGUUUUUUCUUACAAAAUUACUCUUACUAAAACUCAAUGGAUCGAAGUUAAGGGAUACCUUCGUGAUAACUUCAAGGCUAUUCUUCAAACCAUUAACUCCAUUCAUGAUCCUAUAUCUCAAUACAAUACCUUCCAGGAACUCAUCGCCGUCAGUUACGAACACCUCUUAUCGCCGAGGCCUCUCUCCACCUCUCCAACUGCUCGCUCACCCUUCACUCGCAAAGGCUCUCCACCGGCACCAUGGUGGACGCCUGAAUGUUCGGAGGCGAUCAGGAACCGUGGGAACGCUCUCAGAGCUUUUUUGCGGAAUCCUUCUCAAGAUAACUACAUUUUCUACCGCUCGGUAGUAUGUCAAACUCGGAAGAUUCUACGUAGAGCUAAGCGAAAUAGCUGGAAAACCUUCUGUGGCUCCCUUGACUUUAAAACUCCUACCACAGAAAUUUGGCGCAUGCUUAAAUGCUUUCGUAACCGCCGUCUUCUUCCGGCUAAUUCUAACGCCCUUAAUAAAAACUCUUGA